AAGAAAUAAAGCAAGAGGAGUAACCAUCCACUCUCUUUUCCCAUAACAUUAUUAUCUCCACUGCACUUUCAACUUUAUAUUUACCUCAAAAUUCUCUAUUCUCCUUCUUCUUCGUCUUCAAUUCCGAGCACUGCACGCCGACACUACUACAAUACACGCAGGAAUUGAAGCCGGCCGGCAUAUAUAUAUAUGGAUUGGUUUUCUUGGCUGUCCAAGACAACCUUGGACCCUACUCUUGUCUACGAAUACGGCCUCACAUUUGUUCAAAACCAGCUUGAAGAAGACGACAUCGCGUAUUUCAACCACGAGUUUCUGCAAAGCAUGGGCAUCUCCGUAGCCAAACACAGGCUAGAAAUCCUCAAGCUCGCCAAGAAACAGACAACAACAAAAGCACCUCCUGCGACGAGGUUUCUUCUAGCGAUCAAACGUACGAAGAGGCGCGUGAGCAAGUACAUCCGGAGGAAUUGGAAUUGGAUUGGGUGCGAGGAAGCGGGUGGGCUUGCGCUGGUGCCAUUCAGGACGACUCAGAGCCGCUCGAUAAAAUGGAGGAGUAGUAGUGGGAUGCUGAGAAGGAACAGUGUGAAGACGGAAGCCAAACAGAAACAGGGGACGCUGUUGCUUACAAAUGGCGGGGGUACGAUGUUGUGGUCGUGUAGUUCCAGAUUCGAUGGCUUGUCGACCUCCAUGGUUGUUGAGGAUGAUGAUGAUGAGAAGAUGGAGGGAGAUGGCGAUAAGUACUGGUCGUCCACAUCUCAUGUGGUUGAGGAUCAGAUCAGGUGGGAUGCAAUGUUUCAGGACUUGAAACCAACUUGAUUGAAUUAAGGUAUAGACAUGGAUUAUUGGAUUCUCGUACCAUUUUCUUGUGGUUUAAUUUUCAUCCUUUGAUCCAGAGGGUAGUUUGGUUUGAAGAAACUUUUUGGGAAUUCUUCCUCCAAACUAUACUCCUCUUUUAAUUCACACAUUAUUUAGUGUGUAAUUGUGAUUUUUUUUUUUUUAAUGAGACUCUACUAUUUUAGUCCUUAAUUGUAGUCCCAUAACUGAUUUGUCAUUUGGUUCUUAAGAUUUUAAU